AUGUCUUUGAAGCUCACUGCUGCCGCUGUACUGCUGCUUGCUGGAGCAAGCACCACCUCGGCUGCGCCCGUCUCUAGCGCUUCCUCCGCCGAUCAGUGCGUCAGUCUUGGCAAGGGCGCUUUCGGAUACAACUCGACCGGCAUCCCCAUCUACUCGAACAAUCCUCCCGCAAUCUACCUCUCGCUCAAAGAUGAGCACGUUGUCGCAUCGACCCGCCCUCAGUGGCAGAAUCAGACCUUGUUCGAGUUCUUCAACUGCUCCUACACCCCGCCUCCCUAUGAAGGCAAAGGAUCGGUCGCCACCUACCAAGGUCACAUCAAGGGACCUGACGGCAACUGUGUGACCGUCGACCGACUCGAGUCGACAGGUGCUGUAGUCAAGUCCGAGCCCUGCGCAUUCACCGGAGACAGCUCUCUGGGCAACGUCGAAGCUCGCCAACACUGGCAGUUCCAGCUGUUCUCGUUCUAUGACUACUACACCGCUGUCUUCCUGGGCGACACCCCCGGUCCCGUCGAUCAGAACGAUCCGGGAUAUGGCGGAAACUACCACUUUGCCUUCGACGGUGCCGACCUUACAGCCAGCUACGAAGAAGACAAUCCACAGACGGGCAAGCGAGACGAACAGCUCAUUGGUCAGCUGGGAAGGCAGUAUGUCCCUCCCAUCCGUCAAUUGCCGGCCUGCAAGCUUGUCAAGGUCGGCGGGAUGGAAUUGGUCAACACAUCGACCGGAGACGUUCAGCCUGUAAAUGCCGGAAGGACAGCUGCGUUCCCUUACGGCUACUCCCCUCUCCUCAACGCGACCGAAAACGCCGAGUUCAACUUCUUCCAAUGUGACUCGGCUUUCAUGGGCUACGAGUCGGAUGAGAACAACAUGUACGGCCACUUUGGACUCAACAACACCAUCUUUGGAGGUAGCUGCUUCAGCAGGCAGACCGGCAGUCUGAACAACUACAUCAUCGAAGCGGCAGCCGCCUGUUCCACCGCUGAUACUAAGGGUCAGGUCUCGCAGUUCUACCAUCUGAGCAAGACAUCCGACGGAAAGUUCGACGUCAACUGGCUCGGUGCCCCGAAGAGCGACUCUCAGAAGGACUGGGGUUGGUCCGUGUUCAAGGACCCUCAGCAGACCGAUGGAACCAGCGUCGUGCUGGUAGAUCAGAACUCGACAGCGUACAAGCUUCGCUUCAGCAACUAG